UUGUAGCACGUGUGUUGAGAAGUGAAUUGUCAAAAUAAUUUUGUAAGAAAUCAAAUCGUUCGGCACGCAUUACAUUCACGAAUUGCACUUUCCGGGAACAAUUCAACCACAAAUCGGCAAUGGCAAAGAAUAAGAACAGAAAGCGGAAUGCUACGCCGUUGAUAAAAGAAAGUGUGAAAGUUUCAGCGCCGCCCGAACGUGUGGAAUCGUCAGAGGACGAAAGUGAAGAGGGCGAAGAGGAAAUAGGCAUCGGUGAUGUUGCUGUGAACGACGGCAACGACAGUUCCGAUUCGGAAGGCGAACCAGAGGUGUAUACAUCGGACGAUGACGGCGAAUUGAGUUUCGAAAGCGAUGAGGAGGGAAAUUUCAGCAGAAAUUUGAAUAAAAUGAAAUUGAACGGCGAUGACGUUGAAGACGAAGACGACGAUGUGAAGGAUGAAGGUUCAUCCGAUGAGGAUGAUGUUUAUGUUAGCGAUUCGGAUGAUGAGUCUAGCGCCGACGACGAAAACCAUGUGAAUGAGGAUCCACCAUCAGCUGCAGCAUCCACAGCCACUGUCGCAAAGCAGAAGAAACAACAGAAACCAACAUCCGUGGAGGCAUUCAAAUCCGAACUGAAUGGCAGUUCGUCGACAACGAAACGUUCGGAUGGAGACGAUGAGUACAAGAAUGAUUCGUCCGACGAGGAGGACAUCCGGAACACCAUCGGCAACGUUCCGAUGCAUUGGUAUGAUGAGUACAAGCACAUUGGCUACGAUUGGGACGCAAAGAAAAUAAUCAAACCGGCGCGACGUGAUCAACUGGACGACUUCCUGAAGCGAAUGGAGGAUCCGAAUUUCUGGCGCACGGUCAAGGAUAUGCAAACCGGACAGGAUAUUGUCAUCAGUGAGGCGGAUAUCGAGUUGAUAAAACGGAUCAAUUCACAGCGCAUUCCGGACGAUCAGUACGACGAUUAUGCGCCAUGGGUCGAAUGGUUCACAUCCGAAGUGGAACAGAUGCCGAUAACGAAUGUGCCAGCCCACAAACGCUCGUUUUUGCCGUCCAAAUCGGAGAAAUCGAAAGUGUCGAAGUUGGUGCAUGCAAUCAAAAUGGGUUGGAUGAAGACAACCGAACAGCGCGAGAAGGAGAAAGCCACUGCCGGACCGAAGUUCUAUAUGUUGUGGGAAUCGGAUACGGACAGAGAGAAAAUGCGACGCAUCCAUGAUCAUGUGUCGGCGCCGAAACGAGAUCUGCCAGGUCAUGCAGAAUCGUAUAAUCCACCGCCAGAAUAUCUUUUCGACGAGAAAGAGAUGAAGGAAUGGCACAAAUACAAAGACGAACCGCAACGUCGUAAACUGCACUUCAUGCCGCAAAAGUUCAAUUCACUUCGUGAAGUGCCUGCGUAUUCGCGAUACAUCCGUGAACGAUUUCUGCGUUGCCUGGAUUUGUAUCUGUGUCCCAGAGCCAAGCGAAUGAAGUUGACCAUCGAUGCAGAGUAUCUCAUUCCAAAACUACCAUCACCGAAAGAUCUUCAACCAUUCCCGACCGUUGAGAGUAUCAUUUACACCGGACACACGGACAUGAUCCGAACAAUAUCCAUUGAACCGCAUGGCGAAUAUAUCGUUUCCGGAUCGGACGACAACACUGUUAAGAUUUGGGAAAUAUCGACGGGCCGUUGCAUCAAAACCAUCGAUACGGGCGACAUUGUUCGCAGUGUUGCCUGGUGUCCGAAUGGAAAGAUUUCGUUGAUUGCAGUGGCCAGUGGACAGCGUCUGAUUUUGUUGAAUCCGAAAGUCGGUGACAAGAUGCUGGUGAAGAAGACGGACGAAAUUUUGCAGGAAGCCCCGAAGAUCGACGCAUUAGACAACGAACGCAUCAAAACAGCCGUACAAUGGGCUUCGGCUGAAGGCGACGAAUACGAAGCCGGCUACCGGAUAAUUAUCACGCAUUUCAAGUCGAUCAAACAGGUGACGUGGCAUGGCAAGGGCGACUAUUUCGCAACCGUAAUGCCCGAAGGAGCUAAUCGAUCGGCGCUGAUUCAUCAACUGUCCAAACGGCGUACACAGAUUCCGUUCUCCAAGAGCAAAGGACUGAUUCAAUGCGUCCUCUUCCAUCCGGUCAAACCGUGCUUCUUUGUGGCGACGCAAAAGAACAUCCGGAUCUACGAUUUGGUGAAGCAGGAACUGCUCAAAAAGUUGAUAUCGAACAGCAAAUGGAUAUCCGACAUGGCCAUCCAUCCGAAAGGCGACAAUCUGCUCGUGUCCACCUACGACAAAAAGAUGCUCUGGUUCGACUUGGAUCUGAGCACGAAACCGUACCAGACCAUCCGGUUGCAUCGCAAUGCGGUGCGAAGUUCGGCGUACCAUUUACGUUAUCCGCUGUUUGCAUCGGCCAGUGACGAUCAGUCGGUUAUCGUGUCACAUGGAAUGGUCUACAAUGAUCUGCUGCAGAAUCCAUUGAUUGUUCCGCUGAAGAAAUUGCAGACACAUCAACCGCACGAAGACUUUGGCGUCUUCGAUGUGAUGUGGCAUCCCACACAGCCGUGGGUAUUUUCGUCGGGUGCUGACUCGACCAUACGAUUAUUCACAUAGACGAGCAGAGCGAGAGAGAGAGAGAGAGAGAGAGAGAGCGCUGGGAUGUUGGGAAUUUGUUUAUUUGAACAAGAAUUUUCGAAAAACAAAAA